GACAGGAGGACUCUGGGGAAGAAAUCUGGAGGCCCCUUCUACAGGUUAAAGGCUGGGCUGAGUUCCACCCAGAAUCCAAUCAUUUCUAAAAUUAGGCACCACUCACUCUGGUUUCCUCUUGCCAGGAGGGCUGUUAAGCUUUUCUGCCUUCUGGUAAGGCCAGAACAGGCAGGGACGGGCUACUAUAAGAGGUGGGCAGUGGAAGGCGAGAGCACAUGAGGACAACUGCUUACUCACAGACUCAUCGCAUCUUAAUAUCAUUCAAAUCGUGCUCGCUUCGGCAGCACAUAUAAUAAUAAUAUCAUUCAAAUCAACAUAAACACAGAACAUUUGUAUGCAGGCCAACACAAACACUACUCAGAAAGCUGACUUUUCAUUUGUGAAUGUAGAAGCAGGCGGGGGGGUUGCACGGGAGGGUAUGUCGCAUUUUUACUUGUUCUUCACUUUUAAAUAUUCCUUCGUAGAACAGAACACUGUGAUUAAAUAGGGCAGAUGGGCUGAAUGUUACAAUCACACUCACCUUGUCCUCACGCACAAGUGUGAAUGUCACAGGCACGCGUGAGCCCAGGCCUUCUCAGGUCACAUUAGAGCUCGGCACUCGGUCCAGGCGACGGGACUCAGUCCAGAAACCUCAGGCACACAGACGGGAGCGGGAUCUCAACAGUCACUCGAUCAGCUAGUGCACAACCUUCCUGACAAAUGAGGCCUCAGAUCACAGGUUAAAGGUUCCCAAAACCCAAAGAGUUACAGGUAUUCUCUGAAACUCCACUAAACCCUCCGGCAACCACACUCCCCCUACGGUAACAGAGAACACUGCGGGGGUGGCACCUGGGGCAUUGCGGAGGGGCGGCUGAUGCCCGUCUCAUACCCGCCCCUAUUUCAGCAGUUACAUCACCUGCAGGGGCCUUUGCUUAUCCUCCUCCAUUAGCCAGGGAGCUCAGGCUGGUUCUUCGUUAGCCUGUUAGCCAGCAUCCUGACACUAAGGCUCUGCUCCUCCAUUUCAGCUCCUGGUCCCCAAAUGAGCGAGACUUCCCUGGUCACACCCACAGCCCGUGAAGCCGGCUUCAAGUAGAAGCGCUCAGAAAGGAAAGCAAAGGAGAAGUGGUGACCUGCUUCCUUAAAAACCACCAAGGCUGAACUACGCAGGAGCCAGCGGGGCUCAGACGCCAAAUCACAAAAGGAAAAUGAGCCUUCUCAAAGAGCGAAAACCAAAAAAGCCACAUUACAUCCCCAGGCCCCCAGGAAAGCCAUUCAAGUACAAGUGUUUCCAGUGUCCCUUUACUUGCAAUGAAAAGUCACAUCUUUUCAACCACAUGAAAUACGGUCUUUGUAAAAACUCCAUCACUUUAGUGUCCGAGCAAGAUCGUGUUCCCAAGUGCUCCAAACCAAACUCUUCGGACCCUAAGCAAACCAAUCAGCCCGACCCUGUGGUGAAGCCCACCUCUUCCAAGCCCGUCCCAAGCGGGCUAUCACACCUGGAUGCCAAGCUCCAACACGGCCUCGCCAAGGAUGACAUCAAGGAAAAUCUGGACCUGCACACACGCGGGCCCCACAGGUGCCUCGGACAGAAGCCCGCUCCCAACAAGGAAGCAGCGCCCCCAAGCCCAGCCCCAGAAGCUGCCGUGGGCACCCAGCCUGUUCUGGAAGGAGCUGUCCGGCCUUCAGCAUUCGUUCCGGUGGGGGAGCACAGACUCAAAGGGCAGGAGCUCACAGAGGCUCCGGAAGCACUGGCCCUGACCCACCCCCCUGCCAAAGCCGCCUCCUUCCACACCAAGUCUGCCUUCCACGCCCCUGGCUACCCCUGGAGAGCUGGCUCACCUUUCCUCACACCUGAGUUUCCACAUAAAAUCCCAUCCACAAAGGGCUUUGGCGCUGCUUCCCCGUAUGUGCACCCCAGCAUCACGGAGUACCCGCCUCAUUUUUACACGGAGCACGGACUGGCCACCAUCUACUCACCUUACCUACUCGCAGGGAACUCACCCGAGUGUGACAGCCCCCUGCUGUCUGUCUACGGGGCCCAAGACCAAAGACACUUCCUGCCUCACCCAGGGCCCAUCCCUAAGCACCUGAACCCGGCUCCAUCCACAUACGACCAUUACAGAUUCUUCCAGCAGUAUCACUCCAGCCUGCCAAUUCCUUAUGGAUUUUACAGACCCGAGUCUGCGUUCUCCUCCUACAGCCUCAGGCUCCCACCCGUGGCUGGCAUUUCACGGGACCAAAGCUCACAUCUACUGGAAGAAGCUGCCCUGGGUUACCAGGCCUUGAGUCCCUCCAAGUUAAACUCCUCCAACUCCCACAAAAAACACACAGAGUUGGAGAAGGAGAGUCCAACUCCCGAGGCUAAAGAACCUUCCAAAGAUGGGCAGAGGGACACGGAAGGGACCAAAAUGAGCCCACGCGCAGGCAGCGCGGCCACAGGCUCCCCGGGAAGGCCAAGUCCCACCAACUUCACACAGACAAGCCAGCCAUGCGCUGGGGUGUGCAGCCUCUCAGAUGCGCCCGCCCCCGGUGCCCCAGGAAGGAUCCAACCACCAGAACAGGGCCUCGCAGCCUUCAAGCCCAUCAAGAACACAGACCACCCACAUUCCCAGGCCCCAGAAAACAGAGCGGCAUCCCCGAAAAGCCUCGAGGCCUCGAACACAGACGCUCCAACUCAGCUGGGGAGCCUGGAGGCCUCCCCCUCCAGCCCGGAGGACAGCUCCAGGGUGGCCCCGCUGAACCUCUCCACGAAGCCAGAGGCUGAGCCGGCCGCCACGCACAGCCCUGCCUACGGAGAAUUUGCCGAGCCGCAGGACGCGCCGCUCAACCUCUCAGUGAAGGACCCCUGCAACGCCCUGACCUCAAGGCCCUCUGUGUGCAGCCCCCCGCGAGGGGCCGAGCCCGCGGCUGCCCCCACCCCCUCUCCAACUCAGCAGAGGGAACCUGCAAACUCUGGGGACAGGCCUGACCCCAGCUCUGUGGAGGCCCCAGUGCCCAGCCCCCCUGGGAAGGCCCAGGAAAUACGUGCAGCUGACAGCGAUGAGCAGAAGCAGACGGCGGCCGUGGCCCUCUGCCAACUGGCAGCCUGCAGCCCGGUGAAUGUCGAGCCCGCGGCCCAGGAGCCCACCUGCCGGCCAGACGCACCCAGCCCCAGGGCUCCAGGGAGCCAGGAGGCUCAGUGCGACCUCAGACCCAAAGGGCAAAAGAGGACGAGCCCCAGGGAGGCGGGGAAGGGCCAGCAGGGAUCCAAGAAGGCAAAGCCCAGUGACACAGCCAGAGUGUUCACACUCCGGAAGAGAACUCGGGUGUCUUAG